UAGCAAGCAAGUAAGGCCUUUUCCGCCUUGCCCUGAGAGCUUCGGCCUGACCUGCCACUUUCAAGGAGCUUUCAUGUUGGGAAAGCUUAUUCGUAACUUCGUAACUUGCAACUCACAACUCGCAAUUUUCAACUUUUAACUUAUUCUUCCUAAACAUCUACAACUACCAUCACUACUACCACCACAAUUACCCACAAACACCUUUUUUUACCGAAAACGAAAUCAUAUUUUCCUCUCCACUAGACCCGAUCCCUAGGGUAUCAUCGUUUUCCUGUCUUAGUCGUCUGAUCCCUACCGGAGUUGCUUUACAACGUAGGUCGGCGAUUAGAAUCUUGUCAUUUCAUAGUUUGUAUUAGCUGCCACAUCUGCCGCCCUUGCGACCAUGGCGCCGAGCAGUAACCAGCCCACAUCGGCCGAUAAGGGAAAAGGCAAGGCCGUCGAGAGUCAACCUGGUGAUAAGAAGACCAAAGAUGCUCAACCUUCAGCAAAUGGCAAGAAAGAUGAGGACAAGGUCGAUUCCGCGGAGGACUUGAGCGAGGAAGAUCAGCAGCUCAAGAGCGAGCUUGAUAUGUUGGUGGAGCGAUUAACGGAAUCUGAUGCAUCCCUCUAUAAGCCGGCCUUGGAGGCCAUGAAAACAUCCAUCAAGACCUCGACGUCCUCGAUGACGGCAGUACCUAAGCCGUUGAAGUUUCUAAGACCACACUACGAAACCAUGACGAAACUCUACGACGAGUGGCCCGAGGGAGAAGACAAAUCGUCGCUGGCAGACGUUCUAUCCGUUAUUGGCAUGACUUUCUCGGAUGAAGAUCGUCAAGAUACCCUGAAGUACCGCUUAUUAUCGCCGACACAAGAUAUAGGGUCGUGGGGUCACGAAUAUGUCCGCCACUUGGCUCUAGAGAUCGGCGAGGUCUACGCAAAACGCGUCACCGCAGAGGAGUCUGUCAAGGACUUGGUGGAUCUUGCGUUGAUCCUCGUGCCCUUGUUCUUGAAGAGCAACGCCGAGGCCGAUGCCGUCGAUCUUAUGAGCGAACUCGAAAUUAUCGAGGACCUUCCCAAGUUCGUCGACGAAAACACGUAUUCUCGUGUCUGCUUAUACCUGGUCAGCAUGGUCAACCUCCUGACAUACCCGGAGAAUGAGCAAUUCCUUCGAACCGCCUAUACCAUCUAUACCACCUACAAGGAAUACACCCAGGCCAUGGUAAUCGCUAUCCGACUUAAUGACGUGGAUCUUAUUAAUAGCGUCUUCAAUUCGACCUCGGACCCCGCAUUGAAGAAGCAAAUGGCUUUCCUGAUCGGUCGCCAGAAGAGCUGGGUCAACGUUUUGAGGAACGUUGAAUCCCACACGGAUGCGAUGGACAUGGAAGAUGCUGUUGGCAAUGUCAAGUUGGCCGAGUACUUCAAGACCCUAGGCAAAGCAUUGAACAUUCUGGAGCCUAAGACCACCGAAGAUAUUUAUAAGAGCCAUCUAGAAAGUAGCCGAGUUGCUGGCAUGACGAACCUCGACUCUGCAAGGCAUAACCUUGCCGCCGCUUUUGUCAAUGCCUUUGUCAAUGCCGGCUACGGUAACGAUAAGAUGAUGCUGGUUGAGCAGGAUAAGGAAUCUUGGGUAUGGAAAACUAAGGAUGAGGGUAUGGUCUCGACCGUUGCCUCCCUCGGCACCCUCCUAAUGUGGGACGUCGAAACUGGCCUGGACAAGAUAGAUAAGUUCACUUAUUCGACUGAGCCUUUGAUUGUAGCUGGAUCUAUGCUAGCUAUUGGCAUCAUGACCUCAGGCGUGCGAAUAGACAGCGACCCAGGCUUGGCGCUAUUAGGCGACACAGAUAAGCUUGAGAGUAAGCAUCGGCUCGUUCGGAUAACUGCUAUCAUGGGACUUGGACUUUCCUACGCUGGAUCUCACAAAGAAGAAGUACUGGAGCUUCUGAUUCCCAUUAUCACCAACCCUGAUAAUGAUAUGCAGAUAGUCGCCAUGGCGGCUCUAUCUUUAGGUCUUGUUUACGUUGGUUCUGCUAACCCUCUAGCGAUUGAGGAGAUCAUGGGUGUCUUACUUGACGACGAACGAGGAAACGUUUUUUCGGACAAGUGGUUUAGAUUCCUAGCUCUUGGCCUCGGACUCCUCUUUUUUGGCCGUCAGGAGGAGGUCGAUGUUAUUCUGGAGACUCUGAAGGCAGUAUCUCACCCUAUGGCUCGGCCAACAGCGAUAUUAUGUGAGGUCUGCGCCUGGGCUGGCACCGGAGCUGUGCUGAAGAUACAAGAAUUACUACAUAUAUGUAAUGAGCACUACGACGCCGACUCGGGUGAUAAGGACUGCGAGGAGCUAUUACAAAUGUAUGCCGUACUUGGAAUUGCGUUGGUAGCGAUGGGCGAAGAUGUCGGGCAAGAAAUGGUACUGCGGCAGUUUGGACAUCUCAUGCAUUACGGCGAGGCCAACAUUCGGCGCGUGGUGCCGCUGGCUAUGGCCUUGAUUAGCCCCAGCAACCCGCAAAUGAAGGUCUAUGAUACGUUAUCGCGGUAUAGCCAUGAUAACGACAACGACGUUGCGAUUAACGCGAUCUUUGCAAUGGGGCUGCUCGGCGCCGGCACAAAUAAUGCAAGAUUGGCUCAACUUCUGCGACAACUGGCAAGCUACUAUCACCGAGAUCAAGAAUCGCUCUUUAUGGUCCGAAUCGCGCAGGGACUUUUGCAUAUGGGCAAAGGCACCAUGACGCUUAAUCCGUUCCAUACGGAUCGGCAAAUCCUCUCGAGAGUGGCAACGUCUGGUUUGCUCGCUACUCUUGUCGCUAUGAUUGAUGCCAAGCAAUUCAUCACCUCUAACUCCCAUUAUCUUUUGUACUACCUUAUUACAGCUAUGCAUCCCCGUUUCCUCGUCACGCUGGACGAGAACCUUCGUCCUCUAACAGUCAACGUACGUGUUGGCCAAGCCGUCGAUGUUGUCGGUCAGGCUGGCCGACCCAAGACGAUCACCGGAUGGCAAACGCAAAGCACCCCUGUGCUUUUGGCGUACGGUGAGCGGGCGGAAUUGGAGGAUGAAAAGUACAUUAGUCUUAGUAGCACACUGGAAGGCCUCGUGAUCCUUCGUGAGAACCCGGAGUGGGAAGGUGGAAAGUAGGAGUUAUAACACCCUACGACUCUAAUACGGAGGCACACCACCCUCCCAUCUUGACCCCCGACGAAUCUACGGAUGAUGAAUGUACUAUUACAAAAAAAAAAAAAGGAAAACUACCAAGGUGCCUAACUAAAUAAUGCACUUCCAAGUAUAGCAAGUCUAGAGUGCGAAAUUAAACUUGGUCCCACGCAUUAGAUAUAUGGUGGAAAUGGCUCCGG